UGGAUGGAAAAGCUGUGGGCGGAUUUGCGCUGACGUUGCCCAUACUCGGGAUUAACUUGUUUUUAUGUCGCCAUAUCUUAUCACCUUUUGCACCGGAUAGCCUGAUCAACUGCGGAUUGUUGUUAUAGAGUAUUAGUUAGCUUCUCCAAACCAUAAACUAGUCUGCGCGUUGUGCAUGAAACUGUGGAUAGGCUACCGUGAAGUGCCUGGAUGAAGAGCAGGUGCACCGAGCUGAUGUCCUGUCACACUGAUGGGGGCCGACGGCAGUAAAAACAGGAAGCACAGAGCAUCAGAUCUGCUGUGCAGCCCAUGGGGGAGCGGGGGGAAAGGCUCUGUGACCGAGUGACUGCAGAUUGGAUGUAGACCAGUGACCUCCACUGAUGCAUUGUGGGGGGUUUGCACAAUGUCAGAAAGUUACCAGGAUGGGAGUUUAUAGCGGCAUACCACACUACCCUGACUUCUCUAACCUCUGGGAGGCAUGCUGAAGGGCAGGAGGAUGAGGACCUCUCAUCUGGAUGGCGUGGCUUCCUCUCCAGCAUGGGUCUGUCUAUCCCAGCAAGCCUCUGUCGCCUGGCUCCAACUGCCCUACGUCUGGGCCCGCGUCGAAUGCUCCAAGGCAAGGCCCCCGACAUCCCGGAGCACGUCCUGAGGUUGGCGGGAGUUGGCCCAGACAAGCUGAGAGCAGAGUGGAGCCUGCCGGGGUUCAUUAACAUGUUCCUGCCUGAAUUCCCCCACAAAACUGUGCCUGGGCAUGAACACUUUCAGGUGUUGAGUUACAUCGCCAAGGGUUCGUUUGGACCUAUUUUGAAAGUGAAGGACAAGACCAAACAGAAAACAUAUGCUGUCAAAGUUAUACCUAAAUCAGAGAUUCUAAGACUUGGGGUCUUGGAGCAGUCAAAAGAAGAAGUUAUAGUCCAGCGUCAGGUUCGCCAUCCAUUUGUCCAUGACCUCCAGGACUGCUGGCAGACACAGCGCCACCUCUACAUUAUGUGUGACUACUGCAGCACGGGAGACCUGUACACCUACUGGCAGAUGAUUGGCCAGUUCACAGAGGACACAGUACGAGUGUUUGCAGCAGAGUUGGGAUGUGCGCUCGGCUUUCUGCAUGACUUUGGGAUCAUCCACAGAGAUGUGAAGAUGGAGAAUAUCCUGCUGACAGACAACGGACACCUCCGCUUAGCUGACUUUGGUUUGUCCCGUCGCCUGGAGAGAGGAGGAAGAGCUUUUACCAUUUGUGGAACCAUCCAGUAUAUGGCCCCAGAGGUGCUGAGUGGCGGACCCUACAACCAUGCAGCUGAUUGGUGGUCACUGGGAAUUCUGCUUUUCUCAUUGGUUACUGGGAAGUUCCCCGUGUCUCCAGAAUCAGACCACUGCAGUAUGCUAAGGAAAGUAAGGAAUUUUCCCUAUGAAAUUCCCCUCAGCUUCAGCCCCCCACUGGCCUUGCUAAUAACCGAGCUUUUGUGCAAAACCCCCUGCCGCCGCCUGAAGACCCUCGAGCGUUUCAAACGACAAACCUUCUUCCAUGGAACAACUUUUGACCUCACCCUACUGCAGCGCCAGCCUGUGGAGGUGAUUCUGGAGCUGAGAGAGCGACCGGACCGAGCCGCCAAAGCUCGACGAGGCCUCACUUUGUCGCUGCAGCCUCUCAAAGGCUUCGACUAUGACUCAUUCCUCAGCCCUCCCGCCACACCGGACACACAGCUGGAUGCCAGCACACAAACUCACACAACUGCGCCGUUCCCUGGCCCGGCACUCCUGCUGCAGCCUGCUCAGGAAAAAGGCCCACGCAGAGAGGUGUUUGUGUGAUGGGAUAUGGUUACUAACACACUAAAGGUAAAGGCCUACAUGUAUGUAUUUCUGCACACUAACUCACCAUUACACACAGGUGUGGUGCGCCUUCUAAAAUGUUUAUGUAGUAAAAGCCAAAAUAGCUGAUUAUGAUUUAAUUGGAUCUGUAGAUUAGAAGGGAAUGAUCCAUUUGAGUAAAGAGCACCACGUCCCUACUUGUAUUGGCAAGAUUUAUUGGGGGGAGGAGGGUGAUGUACUGGACACUAUUUGUUUCUUUUUUUUAACUUGUUUGCCUUUUUCCAAUGAGCACCUUUUCAAGCCUACUGUAUUUGCUUAACAGUUGUGCAAGAAAGUUUGCGCUAUUGUCCAUCUAUUUUCAGUUUUCCAGUGACUGGUCAUGGUUGCCCUGUUAAUACAUACUGUUCGACUGCUGUCAAAUUCACCCCGCAUGGAAUAGUCAUGCUGGUUGAAGACAAUGCACAGAUUUUUUUUUUAUAGCAAGUCAUAUGUAAUUUAGUAGAAAUCCAACCAAACCCCAUCAACAAAAUUAGUGUUUUUCUGAGCUUUUGCCUUUAUUUCAUGUUGCAUGAUUAUUUUGGCAGAAGUGGAUGACAGAAACUCCUUGCCUCGUUUUCUGAGUGAUCAUGCUGUGAUCUUUACUAUAAAACCUGUUCUGUACCUAAAUAAUGCUGUGAUUGAACCUUUCCCAAACUUGACCUUUACUGCCUAAAUUCUGUAGCAGCAGAAACGACUCUCCUCCUGUACUAUGUAAAAGUCAUGCAAGCACAUCUGCUUUAGUUUGAAUCAUUUAUAACCUGCGACUCAAGGGAGCACUCGCUGGUUUUCCCAAACUUUUCCCAACUGUACAGAUCUGAGCUGGGACUGUAAAGGUGGAAUGAACAACAGUAUUGUUUACCUCCAGUUAACAUUUUGAUAAAUACAGGGCUCUUUCUAUUGUCCAAGGCUGCCGUAACCCUAGCCAAUAAUCACACCCGUAUGCACUUACCUGAUCAUUAAAUUAUAUUCUGAUUUUAGUAUGCCCUGUGUACCCAGAAUGGCUCACUUUUUUCACAAAAAUGCUUAUUUAUAAAUUCCUCUUUAUAAAGUUUAUAUGAAUAUUUUGGAUGCUAUUUGAUGUUAUAUGUUAUGUUACUAUGUAUUUUUGUAAUUACCGUGUAGCACAGAUGGAAUAUUAAACUCUUACUGUACAGCGA